AAGUUCCCUCUUUCCUGCAGGGGAGGACCAGAAGGGAGCCGGAGAUGGGGGAGAAGGGUGGGAGGUGGAUGGUUUGGAAAAGGGAUGGAGACCCAGACAGAGCGAAGCCAGCCAGCCAGGGUGAGGGAACAAGCUGCUGUGCUGCCCAGGAGAGGCCUGGCCUCAGGCUGCCACCCUCAGGGAGGUAGACGCGGCUGUGACAGCAGCACAGAAUGACGGCCAAGGGCGACAGCAGGGGCUGGCCAUGCUGUAAAGGGGCUUCCUGGGAGGGUCCAGCCUCAGGAAUCAACGGGAAAUCCUGAGCCGAGAAUUCUGAAGAUCUCCUCCCUCCCUGAAGCUGUGGGCUGGGCCGUCGGAAAACUUUCAGUUUUGUUUCCUUGCCUGCAAGAAACGAAACUCAACCGAAAGCCUGCAGAGAGCAGAACAUGGAAGGAGACUUCUCGGUGUGCAGGAACUGUAAAAGACAUGUAGUCUCUGCCAACUUCACCCUCCAUGAGGCUUACUGCCUGCGGUUCCUGGUCCUGUGUCCGGAGUGUGAGGAGCCUGUCCCCAAGGAAACCACGGAGGAGCACUGCAAGGUGGAGCACCAGCAGGUUGGGUGUACGAUGUGUCAGCAGAGCAUGCAGAAGUCCUCGCUGGAGUUUCAUAAGGCCAAUGAGUGCCAGGAGCGCCCUGUUGAGUGUAAGUUCUGCAAACUGGACAUGCAGCUCAGCAAGCUGGAGCUCCACGAGUCCUACUGUGGCAGCCGGACAGAGCUCUGCCAAGGCUGUGGCCAGUUCAUCAUGCACCGCAUGCUCGCCCAGCACAGAGAUGUCUGUCGGAGUGAACAGGCCCAGCUCGGGAAAGGGGAAAGAAUUUCAGCUCCUGAAAGGGAAAUCUACUGUCAUUAUUGCAACCAAAUGAUUCCAGAAAAUAAGUAUUUCCACCAUAUGGGUAAAUGUUGUCCAGACUCAGAGUUUAAGAAACACUUUCCUGUUGGAAAGCCAAAAAUUCUUCCUUCAUCUCUUCCAAGUCAAGUUGCUGAAAAUCAAACUUCCACGAUGGAGAAAGAUGUUCGUCCAAAGACAAGAAGUAUAAAUAGAUUUCCUCUUCAUUCUGAAAGUUCAUCAAAGAAAGCACCAAGAAGCAAAAACAAAACCUUGGAUCCACUUUUGAUGUCAGAGCCCAAGCCCAGGACCAGCUCCCCUAGAGGAGAUAAAGCAGCCUAUGACAUUCUGAGGAGAUGUUCUCAGUGUGGCAUCCUGCUUCCCCUGCCGAUCCUAAAUCAACAUCAGGAGAAAUGCUGGUGGUUAGCUUCAUCAAAAGGAAAACAAGUGAGAAAUUUCAGCUAGAUUUGGAAAAGGAAAGGUGCUACAAAUUCAAAAGAUUUCACUUUUAACACUGGCUUUCCUGCCUACUUGCUGUGGUGGUUUUGUGAAAAGUGAUGGGUUUUAUUCGUUGGGCUUUAAAAGAAAAGGUUUGGCAGAACUAAAAACAAAACUCACGUAUCAUCUCAAUAGAUACAGAAAAGGCUUUUGAUAAAAUUCAACUUGACUUCAUGUUAAAAACCCUCGACAAACCAGGCAUUGAAGGAACAUACCUCAAAAUAAUAAGAGCCAUCUAUGACAAAACCACAGCCAACAUCAUACUGAAUGAGCAAAAGCUGGAGCAUUACCCUUGAGAAGUAGAACAAGGCACUUCAGUCCUAUUCAACAUAGUACUGGAAGUCCUCACCACAGCAAUCAGGCAAGAGAAAGAAAUAAAAGGCAACCAAAAAGAGAGGAAGUCGAAGUAUCUCUGUUUGCCGACGAUAUGAUUCUAUAUCUAGAAAACCCCAUGAUCUUGGCCCAAAAGCUCCUAGAUCUGAUAAACAACUUCAGCUAACUUUCAGGAGACAAAAUCAAUAUACAAAAUACAGUAGCAUUUUUAUACACCAACGACAUCCAAGCUGAGAGCCAAAUCAAGAAUGCAAUCCUAUUCACAAUUGCCACAAAAAGAAUAAAAUACCUAGGAAUACAGCUAACCAGGGAGAUGAAAGAUCUCUACAACAAAAAUUACAAAACACUGCUGAAAGAAAUCAGAGAUGACACAAAUGGAAAAACAUUCCAUGCUUAUGGAUAGGAAGAAUCAAUAUUGUUAAAAUGGCCAUACUACCCAAAGCAAUUUAUAGAUUCAAUGCUAUUCCUAUCAAACUACCAAUAACAUUCUUCACAGAAUCAGAAAAAAAAGCAUUAAAAUUUAUUUGAAACCAAAAAAGAGCCCCAAAAGCCAAAGCAAUCCUAAGCAAAAAGAACAAAGCUGGAGGCAUCGCAUUACCCAACUUCAAACUAUACUACAGGGCUACAGUAACCAAAACUGCAUGAUACUGGUACAAAAGCAUGGUACUGGUACAAAAGCAGACACAUAGAUCAAUGGAACAGAAUAGAGAGCCCAGAAAUAAAGCUACACACCUACAACCAUCUAAUCUUUGACAAAGUUGACAAAAAUACGCAAUGGGGAAAGAAUUCCCCAUUCAGUAAGUGGUACUGGGAUAACUAGCUAGCCAUAUGCAGAAGAUUGAAACUGAACCACUUCCUUACACCAUAUGCAAAAAUCAACUCAAGAUGGAUUAAAGACUUAAAUGUAAAACCCCAAACUAUAAAAACUCUGGAAGAUAACCUAGGCAAUACCAUUCUGGACAUAGGAACGGAAAAAGAUUUCAUGACAAAGAUCCCAAAAAUAAUUGUAACGAAAGCAAAAAUUGACAAAUGGGACAUGAUUAAACAGAACUACCAUUUGACUCAGCAAUCCCAUUAUUGGUUAUAUACCCAAAGGAAUCUAAAUCAUUCUGUCAUAAAGAAAUAUAUACACAAAUGUUCACGGCAGCACUAUACACAAUCGCAAAGUCAGGGAAUCAAACUAAAUGUCCAUCAGUGGUAGAAAGGAUAAAGAAAAUGUGGUGGCAGGGAGUGGUGGCUCAUGUCUGUAAUCCCAGCACUUUGGGAGGCUGAGGCGGGUGGUUCACCUGAGGUCAGGAGUUUGAGACCAGCCUGGCCAACAUGGCGAAACUCCGUCUCCACUAAAAAUACGAAAAUUAGCCAGGCGUGGUGGCAAGCGCCUGUCAUCCCAGCUACUUGGGAGGCCUAGGCGUGAGAAUCGCUUGAACCUGGAAGGUGGUGGUUGCAGUGAGCCGAGAUCCUGCCACUGCACUCCAGCCUGGGCAACCAAGCGAGACUCUGCCUUAAAAAAAAAAAAAAGAAAAUGUGGCACAUAUACACCAUGGAAUACUAUGCAUCCAUAAAAAAGAAUGGGAUCAUGUCCUGUGCAGCAACAUGGAUGGAGCUGGAAGCCAUUAUCCUAAAUGAACUCACUCAGAAACAGAAAACCAAAUACCACAUGUUCUCACUUAUAAGUAGAAGCUAAACAUUGAGUACACAUGGAUACAAAGAAGGGAACCGCAGACACUGGGGCCUACCUGAGGUUGGAGCAUGGAAGGAGGGUGAGGAUCAAAAAACUACCUAUCUGGUACUAUGCUUUUUAUCUGGAUGAUGAAAUAAUCUGUACAACAAACCCUGGUGACAUGCAAUUUACCUAUAUAGCAAGCCUACACACGUGCCCCUGAACCUAAAAAAAAAGUUAAAAGAAAAACGUUUGGAUUAUUUUCCCUCUUUCGAACAAAGACAUUGGUUUGCCCAAGGACUACAAAUAAACCAACGGGAAAAAAGAAAGGUUCCAGUUUUGUCUGAAAAUUCUGAUUAAGCCUCUGGGCCCUACAGCCUGGAGAACCUGGAGAAUCCUACACCCACAGAACCCGGCUUUGUCCCCAAAGAAUAAAAACACCUCUCUAAAA